AUGCAUUCCUCCCUAACCCGCAUCCAGGCCGUCUUCGGCUUCUUCACGACUGUCGCACUAGUAGUCAGUUCACUAGCUGCCCUUUCCGUCCUCCUCUUCCCAACAGACGAGACCAAUGCCUCUGUACAGCUGAAGAACGUACAGGUCGUAAAAGGCCGACCACACUACUACUCGACCAAACGCGAAGAAUACGCCCAAUUCCGCUUCGACCUAGACGCAGACCUAAGCCCGCUCUUCAACUGGAACACAAAACAGCUCUUCGUCUACGUCUACGCAACAUACUCCUCAUCCGAUAAGCCCGAUUCCCAAGUGCGCGCCUCAGAGGCCAUUAUCUGGGACACCAUCAUCCCGGCCACACCGUCGCCGUAUUCCUGGGAGGUCCUGCGGGACCGUGUCCAUGCGCUUGUGCCUUCGUCGGUUUUGCCUUCGGCUGCGGCUGCUGCGAGACGGAAUGCGAAGCGGACCGCUAAGACUGUGAAGGCCGGCAAGAGUAAGAAGGCGGAGGCUGUGCCUGGUGUGUUGAGGCUGAGGGGUCAGAAGGGGAAGUAUCAGAUUAGUGAUAUUACUGGGCGGCUUGCGGAACGCGGGAAUGUUACGUUGAGUGUUGGGUGGAAUGUGCAGCCGUGGGUUGGAGCGCUGCUUUGGGCGCCUGGGACUGGGGCGGUGCCGAGGACUAUGGGGGAGAUUGGUACGAGUGUGGCUUUUGAUUUUCCCGAGUUGAAGGGGAAUAAGAAGGCUGCUGCUGAGGAGAGGAAGGAGACGAAGGCGAGUGCAUAG